AGCAUUAUGUGUGUUUGGAAUAACAGAGCUGUGGCGUCUGUUUAAAUACGAGGAAAAUAUUCCUGUUAUUGUGGCAUCUCGGAAUAUAAGGCCACGGCUACGAUUUGUUAUUCUAAUUUACUGUGCAUACGGUAUAUUGUGCAUGAGGCGUUCGCGGUUGAAAUUAAUUGUGUUAUCUAGUGUAACCAAAAUGGACAUGUCUAGUACGGAUUAACACGGAUAUGGCGGAACAUUUGGAGAACAAAAGUAUUGUGUUUGUCACACUUAUUUAAUUAAUUAAUUACUCUUUCCCUGAAUAAAAGUUAGUUACUUACUGCCUGUAUAUAAAAUAUUUUAAUAACGGCGCGUAUGUGGCCUGAUUUGUGGACCUGGACUCCGUCUUGAAAGUGGUUGCGAGCAGGGCUUGUGAAAGAUUAAUGUUUACCUAAUUAAUGCUACAUCGGGAAAUUAAUUGCUUGUGAACGGAAACAGUACAUUAUUUAAUGUAAAUGACUAAGUAUACGAAUAUUUUAUUAAGACCAUAAAUGUGGAAACUCUGUCUACGCUCAGUGUACUGGAAACUCUGUCUACGCUCAGUGUACUGUUCUAUGAGGAAAGGUUUAUCUGUGCAGUGUGACAAUCAUAAUUGUGGCAAUUGUUAAGGCAUGCGACACGGACUUCGAGUAUUAAGAAUGUGCGUAAUGUGAAGAAAUGAAUUACGUGAUAAUGGCUAAUUGAACAAAAUGGACUCACUAUUGUUAGUGCUACGAGAAGACUACGUUCGUGUAAGCACACGUAAAACAAGUUGGUAUAUAUCUUAGUAACACAGAUAAUUUGAAACCGUAAAAUGUAAAGCGUAUGUGUCACGAACCCGCGAUCCAUUGUAUCGCGGUCCAUUGUUUGAUGUUAAACUGUGACGACAAACAACAAACUGUGACGGCGAAGCAGGUAUAAAUAUAAAUGCCAAGGAAUGUACCACCUUUGAAACAAUUCAUUAACGCUUGAAAGAGACUCAACGUAAUGCCUUGAACAUCGGAACAUCGGUAAUACGGUGACGUCAUAACGGGAUGCCGUUUCUAGAACAGGUCGGCUACGUCAUGACGGCGUUAACGUUGGCCGCCAUAUUUGUUACGUUUGUGACGCCAUAUUGGCUAGUCAACGAGGAAACAGACACGCGCGUCGAUGUUCACACGGGCUUGCUCGUGAUUUGCGAGAAACGCUCGUGUCACUGGAUCUUCGAGGAUAGACGAGUGAUAAGUGUGUAUCCAGUAUGGUUCAAGGCGACCCAAGGGCUCAUGCUGGCGGCACUGGCGCUUGGGAUCCUGGUGUUGAUCGUGGCCACUGUCUCCAUUUGCUGCACGUGCAUUAACUGCACGUGCUGUAGCUGCACGUGCUGUAGCUGUAAUCGACCAAUUUAUUGGUUGCUCGUCAUAGCAGGUCUCUGCAUCGCCGUUGCGUUGGUCGUGUUUGGGAUCAAGGCGAACCAGGAAUGGAAGAUAGACUUCCAGAUGGAUAUAAGCUCUAGUGGCCGCUUCGGCUGGUCCUUCUGGACUGCCAUCGGGGCGGCAGGUGGCGCGCUUCUCACUUCAGUCAUCUACUGCUGCAUGGACCGGAAAUCGUCAUGAAUAAGGAUUUCGCACGGCGCAUGCGCAGUCAUUGCUUAAAUAAUUUCUAUAAUAAAAAUGUUUCCUCAUAAUAGUCAUACUUCGUCAUACACUGUCUUAUUUUAUGCUAGUAACGAUGAUUUCAAGAUUGUGUCAAAUAUACAGAUUUUCUAUUUUAAUUUUGCAUACGGAUGUAAAAAUUGAUAAGCUGAGCCUCAUUAACGUGUGUUUAAAGCAAUUAGUUAUGGUGCAUCAAAACGUCAAAACUAUUUAUUGAAGUCAUUUGUUUAAUGAAAUACCAACCGGAAUACGUGAUGUUUCAAACAAUAUAAGUAAUAAUCACUGUUUUCAGAAGUUGAUUGGAUUUGUAAGUAGUGACAACUAUAGCAUUAACAACGCUCAGUAACUCAGAUUGGAGUACACUCCAGAGACCACGCAUUGAUUUAAUAUAUAUAUAUAUAAGCAAAUAUUGUCCCGGCUGUAAAUAUGUAUUCACUUUAUCGUUGACAUCAAAGUCUCAACAAACAGCGCAUGUUGCAUUUGUUUUUUUCACGUCAAUAUUUUCAUAAUAUUACUCAUAUUCGUUUAAAGGUGAUACUAGUCAAAGCAUAUUAGCAUAAUAACAUUAUAUUCUGUGCUUUUUGUACUGCGAAGUCAAUUGUUUAAUCCAUGAUUAAUAGGGCAAUUUGUAUGAUCCCUGAUGGGUAAUAUUGAUAAUAUUUUAACAUGAAACAGUUGCGUGUGUAUUUACAUACAUGUUGUGAUAUCGAAAUUUAUUAUAUUUAAUAUCCGGGCAUUUUCAAUGUUUAUCAGAUGGUGGCAUGUGGAUACAUUUAAGAAAAGGGACAUGUCGGUAUAUUCCUGUAUAAAAACCAGCAACAACAAAAACAUAGUGUUUUUUAAUUUUAAAAAUUAUGGAGUCAAACAUUUACAUAAAUUAACUUGUUUUUAUUUGUUAUUUAUAUCAAAUUCUAAAAUCCUUUGAAUGGUCAGUAAUUUAUUUAAUGCAUUCGCCCAUUUUAACAAGGAAAUAUUUCAUUUGAUUGUAAUAUAAACUCACAAACAAAUUCCGAAAAUGAAUACAACGUGUUUGUAACGUAAAACAAAUUAACCACAGAAACCAUGGAAACAUCGAAAUCACUUGAUUUACAACUGCUUUCAGUUUAAGUGCAAUCUUCCAAUAACUAUAAAUAUAUCUCCAUAUAACAACACUAGAAGCCUUUUAAAAUCUUCAACCAUACAAGAAACGCAUUCUGCUAGGUGUCUACACGUGUUAAAAUUGUUACUUGCCUUAACAGAUAGUCGACGACUCGUAUUUCUAGAACAAAAUCAUAUAAUAUGUUUGCUUACUAUUCAUACAAAUCUAUACUGUUCUGAAUAGUCUUAACAAAUAACAACAACAAGUAAAAAGUUGAGAAAAAACUUUCAAUGAUCCGGAAUGCGAAACCGGGCCCUCCGAAAACUAAAGCUACAGCGCUACCAUUGGCAUUAAUAUAUCUAAGCAAAUUACAAAACACAACCUUAUUUCUGAAAAUUCAAAAUGAUCCCGAAAAAGGUUUCAAACGCUUAAAAUAUUUCAUCGAUUUUGAAUAACGAGAAAACAUCAAUGAUCGAAUAUUUUUAACAUUUUUUUAGUCAGGAAUGUUUUGUCGCUUAUUAAAAUAACGUAUACGUUCUAUUUUUAAAUAUAUGGCCCGAUUUUGAAAGUCGUCAUUUUUCCAAACUUUGAAGCAGUCCCUUUAAACCAAGAAUAUAUAUCUUUUUUUAAAGUGUUUUUUCCUAUAUUCAAGUUUAAAAAGAAACAGAUGGAGUAUUGUUUUCUUUUAAUAAUUGUUUUAGGCUUUUAUUUUUUUUCUAGAUUUAGUAUGAAUAUAUAAAGUUAUCAGUAUUGUUACAUAUACCAAAAAGUCGAUAGAUACCAGUCAUGUUGAAGCUUUAUUCAUGUUUGAGUUGCAAUAUACAUUUUAUUUUAUUUUCUUCGCCAUGUGUAUAUAUUGGCUGAUAAUGUGUUGUCUUAUGCAUAUAUAUGUAAGUUAUCAUAUAUAUGUUUGCAAGGGUAUUGUUUAUGUUGCAAUACAGAUAUUAACUUUAAAUAAAUUUUGCUCAACUGUAACUAUUACGAUUUUUAAGAACACUUCUUCAUUGAAGGACACCACCUGCCAAAUUAGGCUUUCAUAACACAAAUAAAUCUUUAACUCAUAUACAAUAUAUAUAUAUAUAUAUAUAUAUAUAUAUAUAUAUAUAUAUAUAUAUAUAUACAUAUUAAACACUACCUCCAUGGCAUUUGAGCGAAAGCAAAAUCUGUAACACCUGUUAUUUGCACCGCAUAUUAUAAAACACUUUUACUCAUUAACUUCAAUGUUCAGCGGUAACAAAACAUACGCCGCGUUCCUAUGGUAACCAUGUAAAAAUGUGAAUGUUUUUCAAACUUUAUCUAAAUCUGAAAUGAUUUCAGAUUUUUAUUACGCAUAGUUGCAUUUCAAAUGUUUAGUUCGUAUAUAUAUAAUAUAAUAAUACGUUAAGAAUUAAGGAUAUUGAUAUUAAGUAAUGAAAGUAGAAUGCAUUGGCAGAAAGCAAAAUGGUACUUGUCUGCUUGUUAUCGUUGGCAAAAUGGUAAAUCUUCAAUGCAAAAAUCCUAUUAGCAACAAUUUGGUUUCAUUCAUUAAUACUAUUUUAUUAUAUUUUAUUUCGUUAAAAGUAUAAACAUGGUCAAUUAUGUCUACUUAACUUGUUCAGUUUGUAUUGUUUUAUAAAACGUGCCUUUUGUUGAUCGUUUAUUUCAUUUAAAUGUAUAUAUAUAUAGCCGUUGUGUAUUCGUACGUCUCUAGCAAAUAAAUAUAUAAUAUUG